AUGGGUAAGCCACUCAGCAGGCCAGACUGUUUAAGGCAGAACCCCACCUGCCUGGGGAAAGGAGAGGAAGAGGAUGGCUAUAUAGAGGAUUGUUAUGUUCCACAACGAUCUAUAUAUGAUACAAUGAGGAUAAAUGAACAAAUUGACCAGGGGUCAAAGCUUAAUCAGACUUCGAAAAGCACCAUGGAAAAGAUGGAAGGAAGUACUAUAUCCAGCAAUGGUACAUUAGGAGCAGCAUCUAAUGUUUUUGAAUCUAGAGCACCAGAAGGCAAAAAGCUGGAUGAGAGAAUAAUAUUUGAUGCACUAAAGUUAAGCAGUGAUGUACAGAAGUCAGCACCUGUUCCACCCAGAAGGCGACCAAAUGCAGAACGCAAAGAUAAUGUUAACAGGAGAUCGUGGAAGUCCUUCAUGCCACCCAAUUUCCCAGAAUUUGCAGAAAGUAUGGAAGCCUCUCUCAGUGAGGUUUCAGAAGCUGGUGCUUCAAAUCCUUCCUUGCAAGAGAAGAAGGAAUCCAGUUCUGCACUGACAGAAAGUUCUGGUCAUUUGGACCACAGGGAACCUCAGUCAGAGUCCGUGACUCUGGAACAUGUGUCCAAAUCCAUGGAUAUUCCAGAAGUGCAGGAUAUGAAAAACUUAAGUGGAGAGUGCCAAGACUUCAGAUUGCAGCCGCACAGUGAGCACUCUCCCCGUGAAUUCCAGCCUCUAGAAUCAGAAGCUGCAGCAACAAGUGGUAACACAGAUGUAAUGCAGGAACACAGAUUCUCAAGUGCAACCUGGCCCAGAGCCAUGAAAAGUUUAGCUAAGGGAGGCUUCAGCGAGAAGCAGCACCCCCUUGGGGAUACAGCUUGCACUGUGGAAAUGCCACCUCUCUCCCCUUGCCUGAGUGAAGAGCUGUUGGAUCCAGAAUUGCAUAUUCUCAUAACUCCCAGCCUGAGAGAGAAAACAGAGUCUGAGCUAAAGUUUGAGGAGGAUGAACGAUGGAUUAUGAUGGAGGCUGAGGAAGAGUGGGAGGAAGAGAAACUGUCAGAGAGAGCAAAGGCUUUUUUAAUGGCAGAUGAGAAAAAGAACAGCUUAGCAGACACUGUAGUGGUGGCAGAGGAUGGAGCCGAUUGCUCGGCUGCUGUCUUAAGGACUUUUGACCACCUAGCUCUUGGUCAGAUUUGUUGCUCUGAUGACCUACAGCCCGCAAAGAACCAUUUGGAUUCUGUUUUCCAGGAUACACCUCUUGAUUACAGUUGUGUUUUCACAGGUGAGAGUGCUAUAGGUGAGCUGACAAAUAGAACCGCUCAGGGGCUGGAGGGUUUUGUUUCUGAUUUAGAAUGUACUGUUGGUCUUAUUGAUUCAGAGCAGCUCUCUGACACAGAUUCAGUGCAGAUGUUUCUUGAACUUGAAAAGGAGUGUUUAUGUGAAGAAGGAGUAACUCCUCUAGUUGAGCUGGAGAAGCAAGCCUCUUCUGAAGGGCUGGCCCCAUCCCAGGAUGCAGAAAAUUCAGUUGUCAUUAGUCAUUUUCCAGGAGCUGACUUAGAAGAGGAACACAUAGGCCUUUUAAAUGUAAGGGUAAAAGACUCUGAUACUGGAUUGGAUUAUGAAUAUUUUAAUGCCCUGGAUUCUUCUCAGGUGCCUAAUGCUCUGGAACUUAUUGCCCACUCUGAUACCAUGGGAGACACUUCCACUGUUAGUGAGGAGGAGCAUGACAAAGUGCCUUCUAGCCCCAAGACUGCAGGGGAAUUUAAGUUCAGACACCCAGGAGAUCUGGUGUCACUGGGAAAGCUGGACCCAGGAGAAAUUCCCAACUCUGAUCACAGGGCUUCUCAUGAAGAAGACUUAUCAGCCUUUGUAGCUGAGCUGGCCAAAGAAAAUGGCAAUUUGUCCCAGGUAGACUGCAGUCACAUUGAGGGGAAUUUUGAGGAGUAUGUUGAGAGGGUCCCCCUCAGUUGUGCUUUUAGCUAUGAACUAACAGAUGUUACCUCAGUAUCUGAAGUAGAGGCAUUAUCGCAUGAUUCACAUUUACUAACAGAUGAGAUUCAUUUGGAAAGUGAAAAAGGAGCUAUUAAUCAAGAAAGUAACAAUCUGACUUCCUUGGGAAACAUGGACCCUUGUGAAUUGUCCAAGGAGGAAGUUUGGGAUGAAGACGGUGAGGUGCAAGAGCUGGGUUAUGAAACCAGGCUUUCAGGGGACCAAGCCCCAGCACAUUUUCAUAGAACCUUCCCAGAGCAGAUCUUCCAGGCUCUCCAGAGGAAGUGCACAGAGUCAGAUGGUCUGAAUCUGCCCCUCCUGGUUGGAGGACCGAGACCUAGCAGAGAUGGCUUGAAAACUAUGAAUGAGACAAAGCCCAAGCUGACUGUGGCAUCAUCAGAGAGAGGGGAGACAGAAAUGAGAGAUUCAGAUUCACUGCUAAAUAUCUUUCUAGAGGAACAAGUUACCAAGGCUAGUAGUACUGAACCAGCUUUGGAGGGAUGGACACCCAUCCCACAGAAGCCUAUUCCUGCUGCCUCACUGCCUGCUACAGAAGAUGGUGCCCUAAAUGCUGCAUUGCUUCUCCCAGAGGUGGACGUCCUAGCUGUUGCAGAGCCUGCCCCAGAGGCGGACACACCAGUUGUUUCAGUGGCCACCACAGAGGCACAUGUCCCAGUUGCUUCAGUGGCCACCAAAGACAAGGACAUCCUGGCUGCUCCCCCCGCUGUUGCAGUGGCUACCAUGAGGGAUGACAUUCUAGAGGGAUCUGCCACCCCAGCUUUUGCAGUGCCUGCUCCAGAGGAGUCUGUUAACCCAGCUGAUAGAGUGCCCACCCCGGAGGAGCCUGCCAUCCCAGCUGAUAGAGUGCCCAACCCGGAGGAGCCUGCCGCCCCAGCUGAUGGAGUGCCCAUCUCUGAGGAGCCUGCUGCCCCAGCUGUUAGAGUGCCCACCCCGGAGGAGCCUAUCGCUCCCUCUGCUGUAGCGCCCACCCUGGAGGAACCUGCAGCCCCAGCUGCUGCAGUGCCCACCCCAGAGGAGCCUGCCACUCCAGCUGAUAGAGCGCCCACCCUGGAGGGGUCUGCAGCCCCAGCUGAUAGAGCGCCCACCCCAGAGGAGCCUGCCACUCCAGCUGAUAGAGCGCCCACCCCGGAGGGGUCUGCAGCCCCGGCUGAUAGAGUGCCCACCCCGGAGGGGUCUGCAGCCCCGGCUGAUAGAGUGCCCACCCCGGAGGAGCCUGCCACUCCAGCUGAUAGAGCGCCCACCCCGGAGGGGUCUGCAGCCCCAGCUGAUAGAGCGCCCACUCCAGAGGGGUCUGCAGCCCCGGCUGAUAGAGUGCCCACCCCAGAGGGGUCUGCAGCCCUGGCUGAUAGAGCGCCCACCCCGGAGGGGUCUGCAGCCCCGGCUGAUAGAGCGCCCACCCCGGAGGGGUCUGCAGCCCCGGCUGAUAGAGUGCCCACCCUGGGGGAGCCUAAAGCCCCAGGUGAUAGAGUGCCCACCCCGGAGGGGUCUGCAGCCUCAGCUGAUAGAGUGCCCACCCCAGAGGAGCCUGCCACUCCAGCUGAUAGAGUGCCCACCCCGGAGGGGUCUGCAGCCUCAGCUGAUAGAGUGCCCACCCCAGGGGAGCCUGCCACUCCAGCUGAUAGAGCGCCCACCCCGGAGGGGUCUGCAGCCCCAGCUGAUAGAGUGCCCACCCCGGAGGGGUCUGCAGCCCCAGCUAAUAGAGUGCCCACCCCGGAGGAGCCUACAGCCCCAGCUGAUAGAGUGCCCACCCCGGAGGGGUCUGCAGCCCCGGCUGAUAGAGUGCCCACCCUGGAGGAGCCUACAGCCCCGGCUGAUAGAGUGCCCACCCCAGAGAUGUCUGCAGCCCUGGCUGAUAGAGUGCCCACCCUGGAGGGGUCUGCAGCCCCAGCUGCUGCACGGCCUGCUAUGGAGGAAAUGUUUCUUGCUGGUGCAGCCCUCCUGGGAGAUACUGCCCACACUGAUUCAGUGCCUAUCUCAGAAGAAGGAACUCCUAUUCUAGAAGAGACUUCCCCCACUAGAAUGUGGAUUAAGGGGGACCUUGAUUCCUCAGGAUUUGAAAUAAAAGAGGUGACUGGCACAGUGCUACAUGGGAAAGUGCCUCUGGCUACAACUGAUGAAUUAAAUUCAAAUGAGGUAAUUGUUGCUCAUUUCGUUGGGAAAGUAUCGGUGGAGUAA